UCUAAAGAAGACACGGGAGCUGCGAAAUUCUUUGUUAAUUUCUGCCUGCUGCCUGUUCUGAAAGUGAAAAUCAUUUUCCCUGUAAACAAACAGCAUAGGGUUUUAGCGUUCUGGAGUAGAAAGACCCAUAUAGGACAAAGAGUCUGAGAGAGAGUAAAUGGGGGUGUUAAAGGGUCUGGUGAAGAAGGGAUUGGGAGAGAUGGGUUUUAACGCAGAGGGAGGAGUCAUCAACUGGUUUCCAGGCCAUAUGGCUGCUGCUACCCGCGCUAUACGAUCUCGUCUUAAGCUUGCCGACCUUGUUAUUGAAGUCCGCGACUCCCGUAUUCCUUUAUCCUCCGCACAUAAAGAUUUACAGCCUCAGCUCUCCUCCAAACGCCGUGUGAUCGCUCUCAACAAGAAAGAUUUAGCCAAUCCUAAUAUAAUGCAUAAAUGGGUUAGUUAUUUUGAUUCUUGCAAGCAGGAUUGCAUUCCAAUAAAUGCCCACAGCAAGAGUUCUGUUAAGAAGCUUCUUGAACUUGUGGAGUUCAAACUGAAGGAGGUGAUUUCGAGGGAACCUACUCUUCUUGUUAUGGUGGUUGGUGUUCCUAAUGUUGGGAAAUCAGCUUUGAUAAAUUCUAUCCAUCAAAUAGCAUCUUCUCGUUUUCCUGUGCAGGAGAAAAUGAAGCGAGCUACAGUAGGCCCAUUGCCUGGUGUUACUCAAGAUAUUGCAGGAUACAAGAUUGCUCACCAGCCUAGUAUAUACGUUCUGGACACUCCAGGUGUAUUGGUCCCCAGCAUUCCAGAUAUUGAAACAGGAUUAAAGCUAGCUCUUGCAGGAUCGGUGAAAGAUUCUGUUGUAGGUGAAGAGCGCAUUGCUCAAUACCUGUUGGCUGUUCUAAAUACUCGAGGCACUCCACUUCACUGGAGACACUGGAAUAACAGAAAAAUGGAUGGGAUUCGAUAUGAAUCUCAGGACAAACAUGAGUAUAAUAUUAAAGAUCUUCUGCCAAAGAGGAAAAAGCCACCAAAUACAUCAGAUGUGGUGUAUAUUGAGGAUCUUGUGACUGAAGUCCAAUGCGCAUUGUAUAAAACUCUUGCAGAAUUCAAUGGCAAUGUGGAAGAUGAAAAUGAUUUAGAGAAUCUUAUAGAACAGCAAUUUGAAGUCCUAAAGAAGGCAUUGAAGAUUCCUCACAAGACAUCUGAAGCUCGUUUGAUGGUAUCAAAGAAGUUUCUUACUCUGUUCAGGACUGGCAAACUUGGCCCCUUCAUCCUUGAUGACGUCCCUGAACUCAACUCUAUAUCAUAAGAUCUGCUGUAAUUCUUUUGGUUAAUUUAUUAAUUAUUUAUCUGUUUCCUUUUUUUUUCUCAGGCUCUUUCUUUGUGUGCUGCAUAUACUCUGCAACAUCACCUUUACUUGUAACAUUUUAUCUUUAAGAAAAACAUUUUUUUUCCUC